UGUGUACAUUGUAUUACCUAUGAUUUUGACUUUUGACAUUUAAGAUUUAAAACACAUUUUUAGGACGCGUGCGUUGGGAUCAUGGAAUAUAGAAAAAUAUAUUUUAACACAGUGUGUGAGUGGACGCUAAAGCAACGACAAUGAAGCAUGUCUCUGCUAGCUAAGGAGAUCGCAACUGUACAAGCCCUGUUGAAGCUUCAGGGAUCGAAAAUCCCUUUUCCGCCCAGUGAAAUGGAUAUCGCCGAUAUAUUGGCCGCUAAAGCCUUAUUAAAUCUUCGGGCGACCUGCAAUCAAGUUCCUUCUGAGAAUUCUGAUAACCAGAUCAUUAACGUACAAUCUGUCAACAUACGCAAUCAAACGGACGUAAUACCAGGUGGUAAAUCUGAAUCUUUAUCACAUCGGACUCCCCUGAAAGGUAUUCAAAAUAUGAGUAAACCAGUUAAAACUGAGAUGCCAAAUAUAGAGGACAAUGAGGAGCUUGAAAUAUCGACGGGGCCUUCUACUGUAGUUGCAUCGAAAGGACGACGUUCUACGAUGGAGAGACGCAGGAAGAGAUGCAGAAGAGUUCGCACAAGCACUCCAGAAUUAUCUAACAGACGCCGUACGAGUAAUUCACAAUCAAAGAAUAAGUGUGGAAACAAUAUGGUUCGAUUAGGAGAGGGAUAUGCCAUGGUCCCUAAGGGAGUCCUAGCGAAUAUUAAGUGGGAAUCAUAUAAAAGCGCAACAAGAAAACUAUUAAUAGCUGUUUUCCCUCGCGAAGUUCUGGCAACGCACUCGAUGUCAGGAAAAAGGUCUCCAGCGUUUCCCAACAAACCAGCAAAAGCGAAGCUCGACCCAAAUGUCAUUAGCGAUAUUAUUAAAACCGUUAUGGCCAAAUGUGGCGUAGCGGAAAAUAUAGUGAGGAUGACCAUAACAACGAAAUGCGCCGACGAAAGUAAAAUGAUGCGAUACCGGCAGAGACAAGAAGAGGAAGAAGAUUAAGAGUAAUUUUUUAUACACAGCACUAAACAAAAAAUAUGUCUUAACGAGCAAACUAUGGUUAAACACAACACCUAUACUGCCCAUAACAGGUAAAAAAACAGUCUUCUAGUCGAACACGAUUUUCGAGAUGACUUUAAAAAAAACCAAGCUGUUCGUCUCUGUA